AUGGCUGCACCAAGUGUUUACUUUGCUUUCGAAGAUUGGACUUCUAAGCCAAACAAUCAUGUGGCUCUCUUGGACAUUCCUACAAACAAACUGCAGUUUGCAGAUGUUGCUCGGUUAUUGAAGAACUCAGUACUUGGACAUGCUCUUACCUUUGAACCAGUGAUGGUAAAGGACCUUCUGAAUCAGUCUGGUCCUUUAGAGAACGAACUCAUAGUCAUCGAGGCUGAAGCUUAUGACAUGGCUAAGAAUGUCAAGCUCUUGCUGCCUGCUGUCGCCACUAUCCUCGAUAAAAUGGACGAAGUGCACCAUGCAAUUCCAAUUAAAGAAUACCUGACUAAUGGCCUCUCUGCUAUCAAAGCUGAGUUGGAGCGGGUCGCUUCUUUCAACCUUCUCCAAGAUGAAGCUCUAUCCUCCUUAGAGCAAAAACUGGAAGAUCUCUCUUCUUGUCUCCCUCUCCCCGACUCUACUCUUGAUGAUGACAAAGAGGAGGAGAAACAUAAAGAUGUUGAGGGGGAGAAGUCUCCAGGUGAGGAGACUACUGAAGAUGCUCCAAACCCUCCUACUACUGAGGAUGCCAGGGAUCCCAUCCCUGAUGCCAUCGAUGAUGACAACGAUGAUGCCAUGGUCAUUCAUGUUGCUGAUAACCAUAAAGACCUUCAUCCAUCCACCUCUUCAUUUCCAAAUGCUGGUGAUGAGGAUAAUGAAGAUGAUGAUGAGGAUAAGGAUUUUGAACCUCAACUUCUAGAUGUCGGCACUGAUCUUGGUGGUGACGAUGACAAUGAUGAUGACGAUGAUGAUUUCUGCAUCCAAGCCAUCCCAAGACAACCAUGA